CUACCCUUUCCGGGAUGUUUCAAAUCGUAACUACAAUAAGCACCUGGUGUCUGUAGCACCUGUAUCUACAUAUGAUGUUGUUAUUCUGGUGAUGUCCUUGUGCGACUGCAGUAGCUUUGUUCAAGAUGAGAGAAGUCUCAAGGAUCCUGUUCAAGUAAGUACUGAAGUUUUAUUUCCAAAUUUACAGUAUUUCAGAUUUGCCUUUAGCAUGGGGUUGAUCAGCCGAAUAGAAUCUGAGCCACAAACUGGAAGCCAUGUAACCAACUGGAACAGAAGAUGCUGUCUGGAAGAUCAUCCAUCCCCUGGAAGAGGAGUCACCCUCAUAAAGAUGCAGAAUCAUUUGAAGACGAGCCAUCCACUGGAGAUGAGGCACCCACUAGAAUAUUAGCCAGCUCCUGGAAUAUGAGCCAUCUACCAGAUUACGAGCCAUCUGCAAAAAGUCAAGCCACUCAUCUGAAGACAAGCUGCUCUCUGAAAGAUGAUCCAUUCGCUGGAAGAUGAUCCAUCCGCUGGAAUAUGAUCCUCCUGGUGGAAGAUGAUCCUCCUGGUGGAAGAUGAUCAAACUGCUGAAAGAUGAUCUCACUGGAGAUUUGCAUUCCCUCCUCUCCCUGUUAUGGAAGUGUCUUGAUCACGGAAGCCUUGUUGAAAAAUUGAAAAUUGAAACCAUUGC